GCUAGUAUAAGAAAAGAAAUCCUGCCUAGAUUAUAUCCUUACUUGAUCGAUACUAUCAUGGCACCAUUGAUAGUGCCCCAAAUGUUCAGGCACAGCCGGAGAGACCGACCAUGGUAAAAAAGGGGAGACGGCGGAUGUGAUCGUCAGUCCCUCAGGAACCAUCUCCCGCUCACAUGCUCACACGAACAACCCUCCAACUUCCUUCACGGUCCCUCUCCCCUCAUGCACCCUGACAGCCAAACUAAGCCUGCGAUUUUCCUCGCCUACUGCUAGGUCAUGGAACGAUCCGUCGGAUCCGAUGCUCAUAACCCCCCGAACGUAUUCCGCAUCGCAGACUCCCGACCAAGCAGCGGCUGAUAGCCGCACCGAGGGCGCGCCUCGUUUCUAUACCCUCGCUGGUUGGCGUCAGAGUCCUGUGGAAGAUAAUCCAACUGCAGAUAUGCUGUUGGUUCAUCAGACCGGAAGUGUACGAGUAGGGGAGAUUAUUCGAUAUACCUUUACCUAUACCCCUGCAGCCGAUCCAAUCUUACCCAUCCCUUCCGAGCUUCAUGUGAGAGUGAAGAAUACCUCCGCGAUCCCCCUCCGCGCCGCCUAUCUUCACGGCCCAUACACCUUAUAUGCUGCCUGCUAUCCCUCCACAUUCGACCCCAAUGCCAAAUAUGACCAUCAGAUUACCGAAGGCGUCCCGCAAUUCGAGCCGUACCUCAAAGCGGGCGGCAACUGGGACGCGACCAUCAAGAUGCCGGCGCGCUUCGGGGACUCGCACAAUCUGGCCGUGGGACACCUGGAGGCGGAGAGUGAUCGGACUUUGACCUGGGUGAUUGAAAUUGUGUCUCAGGUCAUCUUUUCAAGCAGUGCUGCGGUUCAUUUCGAGUUGCUGGUUGCUCGUGAUGCAAAAUCCAUCGAAUACUUUUCCGCCGGGGGCUCGGCGACCACUGGUCUUGGUCCCCCUGGCAAAUUACAGGACCACUGGCCUGUGGGGGGCACAAGGGGGCAAUCCGUCAUUGCUACGAAGGGCGUAUACUCGAAAUCCACGUCACUUCGUGUCGACGAUACGAGCAGCUUGUGGAAUAGCCCGCCACUGCCAUCGUGGAUUUCUGAAGCGGCAGACACCACACCCCAACGAACGGACUGCAUGUCCCAGGACGCUUCACCCGAGGCAACGAGUAGUACGGCCAAGGCGAAGGCAAGGAAGAAAAGAAAGGUUCAUCUGGUGGUAAUUACCCAUGGGUUGCAUAGUAAUCUGGGUGCAGACAUGCUCUACCUGAAGGAAAGCAUCGACGCUGCGGCUGCGGCAAAAAAGAAGGCCCGCUUUGAAGAUAGCAUGAAGAGCGAAGAUAGCGCCGAAAACGAUGAAAAUGACGACGAUGACGAAGAAGUUAUCGUUCGAGGAUUCUCUGGCAACGCCGUUCGCACCGAGAGGGGCAUUCAGUAUCUCGGCAAGCGUCUUGCCAAGUAUGUUCUAUUGAUGACAUACCCAGAUCAGCCGUACUAUCCUCUGAAAACCGGCAAAGCAAAGUCCUUCCCUCGCCCUUUCAGUCCUCGCAAAGAACAGGCUCAACCCUCUCACGAGCCCCUGUCAACCUCGGCGAAUCACGAGAAUGCCACAGACGGCGAUGACCAUGCCUACCAAAUCACUAGCAUCAGCUUCAUCGGGCAUUCCCUUGGCGGUCUGAUCCAAACGUAUGCCAUCGCAUACAUACAAAAGCAUUCUCCGGAGUUUUUCGACCGAAUUCAACCAGUCAAUUUCAUUGCCCUCGCGUCUCCUUUCCUGGGCCUCAGUAAUGAGAAUCCCCUGUACGUGCGGUUUGCCCUAGAUCUAGGCUUGGUCGGACGGACAGGGCAAGAUCUUGGACUGAGCUGGACAUCACCAAAAGUCCGCACUGGCUGGGGUGCUAUCAUUGGCGGCCGAGGAGACUCGGCCAAGGACCAAAGCCAUCCAGACCCCGGUUCAAAACCGCUACUGCGGAUCUUACCCUGUGGCCCAGCACACGAGGUGCUUCGAAAGUUCCAUCAUCGAACUGUGUACUCCAAUGUGGUUAACGAUGGGAUUGUUCCCCUUCGCACGUCGUGUCUUCUUUUCCUUGAUUGGCGAGGUUUGGACCGAGUCGAGAAAGCGAGAAGAGACAACGGUAUCGUCGGCAAAAUGGCUGAAUGGGGCUGGGCUGAAUUGACAGGUGCUAAUUCCAAGUCUCCACGACUGGCUCGCCCUGAUGAAGUUCCACGCUUGGGCGAAGGUCAGGAUGGACCCAAGGACGGAUCUGCCGGUCUCACGGAGGAAGCACAGCGCUUGCAAGAGGAGGAAGACCUUACACGCACUGAAGAGACAUCCUCACCAGCCCCGGAGCAAUUCAUUGCUAGGCGAAAGUCCUCUCUACAUGCCAGUAGCGUGGGAACGGAGUCAGGACAUAAAGAUGGCUCAGACAAUAACUCGGGCCCUUUGAGCACCCUCCUCGCCUUCUUCCGCCCCAAGGAGCCAAAGCAACACCAUCCCAGUGGCAAGCAUGCUAAAAUCUACAAGCGCAGCCAAACCAUCGCCUCGUUCGACCCCAACGAGUCACCCGCACCGACGGUUCGUGGGAAUUCUCUGUAUGAAGAGGACAUGGGAGUCAAUACACCUCCCAAGACCACUUUUUUCGAGUCAGCUGGAGAUUUGUUGAUGCCACCGUUACCCCCUACUGACUUCAUUUUGGAUCCUGCUGCCCGGCCUCGAACCAUCUUCCAUGAUCGUAUCUAUCACCCAGAAGAUAUUCCGGCUCCAUUGCCAGUCAAGCGACGGACCUUGACAUUCGCCUCAUUACAACCCAAGCAUGCAAAGACUGCGCCUCCCCAAGCAACACAAUUACCUUCCAGUUCAACCUCCAAUGCCAAGAUCAGCGAAAGUGGGCUUAAGGUCGAGGAGAAAAUCGCUAGAGCGUACCACCGCGAUCUGACAUGGCGCAAGGUCCUUGUUCGCCUCGAGCCCGACGCACAUAAUAACAUCAUCGUUCGUCGCAUGUUCACCAACGCCUAUGGAUGGCCGGUCGUCAAGCACCUCGUUGACACACACUUUGGCCAUUCCCCCAAUGUUGAGGUCGAUGAUACCUUAAAAUACACUGGCGAGCGGGCCAAGGCGUUGAAUGUUGGACCUACCAGCUCCGGCGACGAAGUGGAAGGCCAGUCUGAUACCGCCGAUGGGGCUUCGACCGCCGAGCACGAACGUGCCGGACCAGAUCACACACAUGGGCCUGCCGUGAGCCCUUCUUGCUCGGAAGGAUCCCUCCAGCUACAUGACCUAGCUGAUGCAUUACCCGUUGAGAGUGAACCCCAUGAGACGGCGAGCACCCAUACCCGAUCCCAGUCUCACUAUACCGAUGUUUCUCGACAGGAUUCGGCGCGUUGGACGGAUCGUCAGGUAGAUGAAGAUGACGAUCGUGAAUCCGGAUUGGACGUGGAAGGGCAUACCGAGUUUCGAUGGUCUCCAGCUCCACACUCUCCUGCUUGAACGAUCCACUUGGAAAUACUUGCAACCAUCGGAAUUGUACAUAAUCAUUCACCUUCCUGAAUACCCUGUAAUUAAUCUACUUCUAUUUUGAUUUGACCUUCUCUAUCCAGGUCAGUCUCCAUAUCCUUUUACAGAUUCUCCAUCGGCAUCAAAAAAGUCUUGUUAAUACUCCAAUCUGCCUUGGACAAAGCUCCAGAACUCCUCUACCAGCUCCUUCUGGCCAGCUUGCGGUGCUCCUCGUAUAGCCAAGUAUUUCCGACCAUCCAGAGUGGUCUCCCAACCUCCAGGGUUACCAUCCACCAUCAUACCUCCCGCCUCGGUCAAGAUCACCCAGGCCGCACAAACAUCCCACGCCCAGCACCCACCUUCCCAGUAAAGAUCCAUCGUACCCUCCGCCACGGCACACGUAUUAAGCGCCGCAGACCCCAGACUCCGGAACGAGCGAACCAUUGCACCACCAUCCUCCUUUGACUGACCCAGCUUCUCAAAAGUGCGCACCUUUGUCUCCCAAUUAGGUCCAGUACGGUCUGAGCCCCAUUCAAUGCUAACCAGCGCAUUGGGAAGCCCGGACAGAGGCUCGACGUUGUCACCCUUCAGGGGUAGACGAGUCUCCUGGUUGCGGAACGCACCCUGGCCUUGAAUGGCCGACCACAGGGUUUUGGUAAAGGGGUUGUAGACUACGCCUACAGUAGGGACUCGGCCAAUGGCGAAACCGAGUGACACGCAGGCAUAGGGGAAACUAUGCACAAAGUUGACCGUGCCGUCGAUCGGGUCCACGACGAAGGUCGGAGCAUCCGUUAUGGGACUCGCAGGGUCGUAGGUUUCUUCGCCGUGGAAUCUGGA